ACCGAUUAAUUAUGGAGUAGUAUUUGAAGUUGACUACCAUUUGAAUUGGGUGCACAUGCAGUCCUUGAUGUACGAGCCGAUAGAUAGAAUAGAAGUAGAUAACAACUCAGAUUUCAGUGACGGAGAUACAUCCAUCUCUCUCCACGAUAACAAAACACACUAAUCUCCUUUCUCUUCUUCCUUCUUCCUUCGAUUCAAAUCCAUGGUACUCUGUUCCAUAACAACCCCUUCUUCUUCUUCUUUUUCUUCCACUUCCCUCCUCAUCACUCCUUCAAUCCUCCCUUUCCACCUUCACACCUCCUUCUCUCGCUCUUCACACCUCCCCUUUCCUCGCCAUCCCCAUUCCUCUCCCAUCAACUUCAAUGUCUCUCGUCGCCAACUAUUUCCUCAGGCCCAAGCCCAACCUAGAACACUCUUCCCUGGCGGUUACAAAAGACCUGAACUCAAAGUCCCCACUCUAAUUCUCCAACUCAACCCCGACCAGAUUCUUACACGUGGCGAAGCCUCUUUAGAUUUGAUUGAUAAAGCAGUUUCUCAAUCGGUUGGAAUUGUAAUUCUUACUAGUAAUGAACAAAGCGGUGGUAAGCUUUAUGAAGCUGCUUGUUUGUUGAAGUCACUUGUUCGUGAGCGCGCUUAUUUGUUGGUAGCUGAACGCGUUGAUAUUGCUGCCGCCGCUGUUACCAGUGGUGUUUUGCUCUCCGAUCAAGGUCUUCCUACUGUUGUUGCUAGAAAUACAAUGUUAGGUUCUAAUAGUGAAUUGGUGGUUCUUCCAUUGGUGGCUAGAUUUGUACAAACUGUAGAUGCUGCUGUAAAUGCAUCGAAAUCCGAAGGUGCUGAUUUUCUUAUAUAUGGUGCUGGUGAUUUGAAACGUUUAAAUCAGGAAAUUGGUAAUGUAGUUGAGAAUGUGAAGAUACCUAUUUUUGCCUCUUGUGUGGGGGAAAACAUGUCAUAUGCUGAAGCUUCGAGUUUACUUGCUUCUGGUGCUAGUGGUUUUGUUACUGAUUUGGAAAGUUUUGGGCUGUUUGAUGAUGAUUUUCUUUACAAACUAUUUGAUGGUGGAAUUGCAAAUGACGAGAGAAUGCUAGAUAAUCGUGGUAGUAAAAUUGAUGAGGAUAAAUUAAUAAAUAAGAGUAACGGAUUGCAGAGCAAAACAGAGGUUGUAGGUGGGUUUGUUAAACUGGAGGACAGGGAGAAACAGUUAAUUGAAAUGGAGAGGUCGGUGUUGAAUGAAGCUAUUGAAGUUAUAAAGAAAGCUGCACCUCUGAUGGAGGAAGUUUCGCUUCUUGAAGAUGCAGUUUCUCAGAUCGAUGAGCCGUUCUUAUUGGUUAUAGUGGGGGAAUUCAACUCUGGUAAAUCUACUGUGAUUAAUGCGCUUCUUGGAGAAAGAUAUCUCAAAGAGGGGGUUGUUCCAACAACGAAUGAGAUCACGUUUUUACGGUUUGAAGACCUAGAUAUUGAAAAACAACACUGUGAAAGGUAUCCAGAUGGUCAAUAUAUUUGCUACCUUCCUGCUCCAAUUCUUAGAGAAAUGACAAUUGUUGAUACACCUGGAACUAAUGUAAUUCUUCAGAGACAGCAGCGUCUUACAGAGGAAUUUGUGCCUCGUGCAGACUUACUUCUUUUUGUUAUUUCAGCCGAUCGUCCUUUAACUGGAAGUGAGGUUGCUUUUCUUCGUUAUUCACAGCAAUGGAAAAAGAAAGUGGUCUUUGUUUUGAACAAAGCUGACAUAUAUCAGAAUAAUCAUGAGCUUGAGGAAGCAAUGUCCUUCAUUAAGGACAACAUAAAGAGAUUGCUGAAUACGGAAGAUGUGAUAUUAUAUCCUGUUUCUGCUCGAUCUGCUCUUGAAGCAAAACUUAUGGCUACCUCUAGUUUUGGGAAACUUAAUGAAGAAUUAUCAGUCUCUGGUUCUCAAUAUGCUCCCAAUAGCUUUUUUGAGCUUGAGAAAUUCUUAUAUAGCUUUCUAGACGGGUCAACGAUCGCAGGAAUGGAUAGAAUGAGGCUUAAACUUGAAACACCUGUUGGAAUUGCAGACAGACUGAUUUCUGCGUGUGAAACUCUUGUGACACAAGAGUAUCGAUGUGCCAAGCAGGAUUUGACUGCAAUAAAUGAUAUUGUCAAUAGUGUAAAUGAAUUUGCGUUGAAUAUGGAAACUGAGAGCCUUUCUUGGAGGGGACAAACUUUAUCUAUGAUUGAGUCCACUAAAUCACGUGUUGUGGAGCUUGUAGAAGCUACAAUGAAAUUGUCAAAUCUUGAUACUAUUGCUUCAUAUGUUUUCAAAGGAGAGAAACAUGCAAUGCCUUCUACCUCGAGAAUUCAGAAUGACAUAAUUGAUCCUUCUGUGUCAUCUGUUCAGCAAAUACUCGGAGAUUACGAAAAUUGGUUAAGCUCCAAAAAUACCCAACAAGGGAAAAUAUACAAGGAAUCUUUUGAGAAACGAUGGUCCUCGUUGAUUCAUGAAGAUAUUCAGAUGAAUUUUGAGACAUAUGAAUUGCUAAAGAAAGGGGAUCAAGCUGGCUAUCAGGUGAUUCAAAAUUUCAGCAGCAGUGCAGUUUCAAAGUCAUUUGAGCAAGAAGUUCGAGAGAUGCUUUUAGGGACUUUAGGUCAACUAGGAGUGGCUGGUUUUUCUGCUUCACUAUUGACAUCUGUACUGCAAACCACAUUGGAAGAUCUUCUGGCUCUUGGAAUUUGUUCUGUUGGCGGGUAUGUAGCUAUUUCAAAUUUCCCAAGUCGUAGGCGGCGUGUGAUAGAUAAGGUGAAAAGGAAAGCAGAUACCUUAGCAUAUGAACUUGAAGAAGCCAUGAAGAGAGAUUUGACUGAAGCCGUAGAGAAUUUGGAUACCUUUGUCAGAGUUAUCGGCAAACCUUACCAAGAUCAGGCGCAGAAUAGACUAAACAAGCUAGUAGAGAUUCAAGGAGAAAUAUCAAAUAUUGAAAAGAAACUUAGAACACUACAAACUGAGAUCCAAAAUCUUCAUGUGUCAUGAAUUAUUCCGGCUAUUUCAUACUGUAAUAAAGUAUUUUAGUUUGCCAUGGUCUCUCUUAAAGCAAGAAAGCGCACUAUUUUAUAAGAUAAUUUCCUUGAACCUAUUCUAGGAAAAUUAUCCAUCAAAUAACAAAUGAGAUAUAUGUAUGGUAUAAGUAACAAGAAAAGUCGGGUCAUUAGAAAAAUCAAAGUAUUCUGUUUGUAAUAAAUAUAUUAAACAUUAUUCUAAAUGAUGAGAACACAUUCUUUUCUCCCCAUUAAGCAAAUCCCUAAACAUGCAACUUCUUGUUAUAAGUAAA